UACGAAUAGUAAACAAACACUCUGUUUAACUUGGAAAUAAAUUUCUAUUAUUGUUAAAAGGAGAAGAAAAUCAAAAAAAGAAAAACAUGUUUUCGGCAGUGACAUCGUUUUUCACUAAUCUAAUGUACAAAAAUUAUUCACCCAUGAAUAUGGCGGAUGUCGAUAAAAUAUUAAAAGAUGCCGAAAGAGAAAGUAUAGAAACAUCCGCGGAGGUGACCGAAGAUUUACCCCAACAAAUUGGAGAAUGUUGCUUCUACGCAACUGGAAUUGUUACCGCACUCCGUGAAGAAUACGUCCUAAUAGAUAACAAGUACCUAUGUGAUAUACAUCGAGUUGCCACUGAAGUUAAAAUUGGCAAUAAAGUUCGAUAUUUAGCCUAUCAAUUAGAUAAAAAUAAGGAAUUAAAAAUACAUAAAAUAACCGAUUUAGCCGAUUCAACCUGGGACGAUGAUGAUAAUGAUGAACAAGUUGUUGAAAAUUUGAAAGCUCCCGAUCCUAUUGUCAAGGGACAAAUGAUGAAUAGAACACUAGUUGGCAAAGUAAUGAGACGAGAGGGCAGAAUUGUUUUUAUUGAACCGCACAAUAUUACCUUUAAUUUGGAUAAUGUUCGCUCUGAAUUUAUUCCCAUAGCUGGCGAUUGGGUGAAUAUUAGUUCUCUCGUGGAAGUUAGUGCCGACGCUGCCGAUUUGAAUGGUGAGGUUUUAGAGGUCGAUAGUAUUUCGCCUUUGAGAUCAAAUUUACACACGGGAACUAUUACCAGAUAUGAUGUGAACACUGGAGUUGGAAAUAUCGAUAGAACAACGAUUUUUACGAAAACGGUUUGCGAACCAGGUUACGUUCCAUGUGAGGGGGAUAAAAUUGUCACCGACAGUAUUGAAAGUGAUCAGGGACCUUUUGCUUGGCGUUCAUUGACGAUUGUUCCCCUGUCAAAUAAUAAGAAUGUAAACAACGAGUCGAAUGUAUUGAGAAAUGAUGAGGUGGACAAAAACGAAAUGGGCAAGGAAGAGGAAUUUGGAUUGAUAGUGAUGAAGAAUUUGGAGUUAACACUUGAAAUGCACCAGGAAAGGAAAAUAGAGGUAAAAAUAGAAAACAAAGGAUUUCAGAAACAAGAACUGGUGAAAUGUUGUUUUUUGUCGAAAAAAAUGGAAUCACAAUUAAUUCUACUUUCACCAAAUAUUAAUGAUAGAAUUAUCCUGCGACCGGGUGAGGAAAUAACCUACAAAUUCCUGUGUAAAAGUAAAUUUCUCGGUGUUUCGAGGGAGAAAUUUCUCUUUAUUUUCGAGCGCGCUAAAGUUAUUCGAACAUUUCAUAUCAAAGUUCAACCGAAACAACAAAAUGCUCAUCAGGGAAAUUUUGUGAAUGACAGAAGAAAGGAUAUUGUGGCCAGACAAGAUGUUCAUGAUGACAGUGGUUAUAUUCAUGGAAUAAGACCUUGCAAGGCACCAAAUUUCAUUGCCGUUCGAAGUGGUAUUUUCAAAAUACCACAAAUAUGUUGGAGUUUGGUACUGGAUGCUGAGAACAAUCGACAUAGUGCGGCGGAGAAGGAGAAUUUAAUUGGACAUGGCUUGCCUUGCUUGGUGGAUUCACUGACAAUGCAUAACUAUAGAAACAAGUUUCAUCAUCUCUUGUACUUGGAGGAAAUUUCUCAAAAUAUUUUGAUGCAACGAUACGAUAUGGAUAGUGCUAUUCUUGCACAUUGCGGUGAAUAUCUUAGUUUAACCGUUCCUGGACUGGCUGAAAAACGACCGUCACUGAUUUGUGGCGAUAAGGUUGUUGUCUCCUUCAAGUGGGAUUCGUCAAAAGGUAACAUGAAAUACGAAGGUUUCAUUCACAAAGUACGAAGUUGCGAGGUUCUAUUAAAAUUCAAUCCAAAAUUCCACGACGACUAUAGUGGCGAGGACUGUCAAGUUAGCUUCAAAGGAUCAAAUAGUACAACAAGACGUUGUCACGACGCUAUUAAUUUGGCCGUUAAUCAUCUGGGACAGGAAUUUCUCUUUCCAAAUAAAGUGACGGAGAAAGCGCCACAAUUUCACAUUACUGAAAUCGAGGAGAGAAAUUUAACAAAAACUGAGAAUAAUCACAAGAGAAAUGAGUCGAUCUCCUCCAAUUGUUCAACUGUGUCCAAUGUUGAUACUUCUUCAUCUGUUGACAGUGAAAUCAGAUCACCUCCAAGAGUCUCAGUGGUUGAGAGACUUUUUAACACAAAGCCAUGUUCCCCUGUUGAAAAGAAUGAGCUUGAAUUUAUCGUUUCAAAGGUGCAAUCAUCGAAUAAAUACGACGAUGAUAAUAAGAAGAUGAGGAAAAAUUUAACGAACGAUUGCAAAAAGAAUGGCACUAGUGACAUGGAUAGGCGUUUGGAAAAAGUCGAAUCGGAAUUAAGAAAACGAAAAUUAACGUGGUAUAAUAAACGUUUGAAUAUUUAUCAAAGAAGAGCGGUGUUAAAUAUACUCAAAGGUUAUGCACGUCCGUUACCUUAUGUUAUAUUCGGCCCACCAGGUACUGGAAAAACGAUAACUCUCUGCGAAGCUAUUCUUCAGAUUCUAACGACGAUUUCCAAUAGUCGACUCAUGAUUGCAACGCCGUCGAAUAGUUCGGCUAAUCUUAUUGCUGAACGUUUGUUGGAUAGUGGAGUUCUCAAACCCGGCGAUAUGGUGCGAUUGGUGGCCCAUCACUAUUUGGAAGAGGGUAAAAUACCCGAGAGACUAAUUCCGUAUUGUGCAACCGGCACACUUCAGGAGGAACGAAGUGGCAAUCAAAUGAAAAUUGAAAGCUCAGGUUUCAAGACAAAUUGCACGGCGAGUGUUUUGGGUCGACAUCGAAUAACAAUUGGAACUUGUUCGGCUCUGGGAAUAAUUUACAAUAUGGGCCUGGCACGUGGACACUUCACUCAUGUUCUUAUCGAUGAAGCGGGUCAAGCGACCGAACCCGAAAUCAUGAUACCAUUAACUUUCGUUCACGCCGACACUGGCCAGGUGAUUCUUGCUGGUGAUCCGAUGCAACUUGGUCCCGUUGUACAAUGUAAAUAUGCCACACACUUUGGAUUAGGCGAAUCAUUUCUCUCGCGAUUAUUGCAACGUUUUCCAUACCAAAGAGAUCCUCAGGGAUUUGAGACUGGUUAUGAUCCAAGACUGAUUACUAAAUUAUUGAUUAAUUAUCGGAGUUUACCGGAAAUUCUUAAACUACCGAAUUCAUUGUUUUAUGAUUCGGAAUUAAUUCCCGAGUUAUCGAGUGACAAGAGUAAUGAGGCAAAACUUUUGAGUAAAUUGGCUGCUGAUUUACCAGAGAGAUCUGGAUUACCGCCAGCAAUUGUGUUUCAUGGUGUGAAUGGAAAUAAUUAUCAGUUUCCUGACAGUCCAAGUUGGUACAAUCCAGAAGAAGCAACGCAGGUGUAUUUUUAUCUUUUGAAAUUAUUCGAUAGGGGUCUUUGCGCCGAUGACAUUGGAAUUAUCACUCCCUACCAGUCGCAGAUUCGUCAAAUUAAGGAUUUGCUACUUGAGAUGGAAAUGGAAUUGCCGAAAGUAGGAAGUGUCGAAGAAUUUCAAGGACAAGAACGAAAUGUCAUUAUCCUGUCAACUGUGCGAUCAACUUCUGAUUAUGUCAAUGAUGACAUAAAACACGCACUUGGAUUCGUUGCAUCGCCUCGACGAUUAAAUGUCGCAAUUACUCGAUCUCGAGCUCUAUUAAUUAUAAUCGGAAAUCCAUAUCUUUUAAACGAAGAUCCAUACUGGAGGACUGUUUUAAACUAUUGCCUCGAACGAGACUCAUACACUGGUUGCAGUAUUUCCCGCAGUGUUCCAACUUUUGAUCCAUAAACAUUAGUAAUUUUAACAAUAAUACAAAUCAUAUUCAGACAAGAAUUUUCUAUUAUACAGUAGCAAUAAUAAUGCAAAAUCAAACAUUUGCCUCUCGUUGUACAGUAAAGGAACAGGUAUUUUUUUUUAAUGAAACCCAAUCUAUUUUAUUUUGUUUAAAUUGAAAAUUUUUAUUUUUAUUCGUUUGUCAUUGUUAAUUUUUCAUUUUUUGUAAAUUAAUUUUGACUCAAAAUGACAACUGUACAUUUAUACUGAGCAAACAGGCGUUGAAAAAUAAAACGAUUGUUUCAAGA